AUGGCUUCUGGCCCCUUGACCAACAAGGUGGACAGCAAAGGAGCCUCUCAGGAAACUCUAGGUGUGGCCUCGCCGGAGAAAUUGUCGCCGAGCUGCGAGGAGAAUGGUGGCUCCACUAGCAUCAGAAGCAACACCGACGGCAGCGAGAGGCUGGAGUUCUCCGGUUGGGUCUAUCACCUCGGUGUCAAUUCGAUCGGACACGAGUAUUGCCAUUUUCGCUUUCUCCUCAUUCGCGGCAAGUAUGUCGAGAUGUACAAACGCGACCCACACGAGAACCCCGGAAUCAAACCUAUUCGAAGGGGUGUCGUUGGGCAUACACUAAUGGUGGAAGAGUUGGGUCGACGGAAGGUUAACCAUGGUGAUGUAUAUGUGCUACGGUUCUACAAUCGCUUGGAUGAAACGAAGAAGGGAGAGAUUGCUUGUGCUACUGCUGGUGAUGCCCGGAAAUGGAUGGAAGCAUUUGAUCAUGCUAAACAACAGGUUGAAUACGAGCUUUCAAGAGGUGGUGGUGUGAGAAAUAAGCUGAACAUGGAGGAUGAGAUUGACCUGGAGGGACAUCGUCCCAGAGUACGUCGUUACGCCCAUGGUUUGAAAAGGCUAGUUAAGAUAGGACAAGGGCCGGAAAUGCUUUUGCGCAAAGCAUCGAGCUUAGGUGCUGAGAAUAGACUAGAAGCAUAUUUUGAUGCAGAAGGGGGGGAUGUUGUCGAAGCACAUGAAUGGAGAUGUGUCCGUACAGUUAAUGGUGUGAGGAUAUUUGAAGAUGUGGCCAGCUCAAAGAAUGGUAAAGGCAUACUGGUCAAAGCUGUUGGUGUGGUUGAAGCAAGUGCAGAUACUGUGUUUGAAGAAGUGUUGAGUACUGACCGACACAGGAGAUACGAGUGGGAUUCUUUGACAGGUGACUUGGAGUUGAUUGAUUCUCUAAAUGGACACUACGACGUCGUCUAUGGGAUAUUUGAUCCACGUUACCUAACUUGGUGGAAAUCAAAAAGGGACUUUGUCUUUUCAAGGCAGUGGUUUCGCGGACAAGAUGGAACAUAUACAAUCUUGCAGGUUCCUUCUGUACACAAGAAGCGACCUCCUAGAUCUGGCUAUGCGCGCACAAAAAUUAACCCUUCAACUUGGGAAAUUAGCAAUCUAAGCACAUCUUCCUCGUCAAAUUCUGCCAGAUGUCUAGUUACCCAAACAAUAGAGAUAAACCUUAAAGGCUGGUUUAAAUGGCGGAAUAAAAACAGUCAGGAGUUUGAGAAGACGGUACCUUAUGCAUUACUGAGCCAAGUAUCAGGUUUGAAGGAAUACAUUGAAGCAAGUCCGGCAAUCAAAUCUGAAUCGUCUACCUCAAUACUUCAAUCAAAAGGAUCUGAUCUAUCUGGGCCCCUUAGUGAGUUUGAGGAUUCAGAGACAGUAGACGAGUUCUAUGAUGCUAUUGCAGAUGAUUCCUCCUCCUCAGAUGAUGAUAGUGACAGUGAGAUUGAAGUCAAUAAGACCAAGAAGAUCAAGCUGAAAAAUGUUUCAUGGGCCAUAGCAAGUUUGGCUUUAAAGCGGGCUUCAGAAUUGGAACCAAAUGAGUUGAACUCAAGCGUGUCUCCAGUCAGUCUUGAUCCAAAUCAGUUUCAUGGAUCCAUGAAGAGAGCAAAAGAUGAUACUGAUAAAAAUUGCUGGUCUAGUCCGGAUGGUUCUGGGUUCAUGAUCAGGGGAAAGACUUACUUGAAAGACAGCAUGAAGGUAAAAGGUGGAGAACCUCUUCUAAAACUAAUAGCAGUUGACUGGUUCAAAGUGGAAGAUUGUGUCACUAGGGUGGCAUUGCAUCCUAAAAGUCUUGUACAGAGUGAUGCUGGAAAAAAUCUCCCAUUCAUUCUUGUCAUCAAUCUGGAGGUACCAGCCAAACCCAAUUACAGCCUUGUCCUCUAUUAUGCUGCUGACAGGCCCGUAAACAAGAACUCCUUGUUGGGAAAGUUUAUUGAUGGCACUGACAUGUUUCGAGAUUCAAGAUUUAAACUUAUUCCAAGCAUUGUUGAGGGAUAUUGGAUGGUAAAACGUGCGGUUGGAACAAAAGCUUGCUUGCUUGGAAAAGCCGUGACAUGCAAUUACCUCAGGCAAGAUAAUUUUCUGGAGAUUGAUGUUGAUAUUGGAUCAUCAUCUGUCGCAAGGGGCGUCAUUGGUCUUGUCCUUGGAUAUGUCACAAGCAUUGUUGUUGACCUUGCCAUAGUUAUAGAGGCAAAAGAAGCUUCAGAACUCCCAGAGUACAUUCUUGGAACCGUUAGGCUAAAUCGUGUACAGCUUGAUUCUGCUGUGCCCUUGGAAGUGUGA